AUGGGGCUGGGCGCGCUACUCGUGGCCGCCGGCUUGCUACUCCUGCUGCGGCUGUUGCAGCCGCCCUCGGUCCCGCUCGCGGAGGCAGCGCACUGGGUGGCGGCGCUGCUGCUGCCUCGGUCGCUCUGGGCCCCGCAGGUGCUGCUGCUGCUGCUGGCGGCCGGGGCGGCGGCGGCUCUCUGGCUAGCGCGGCGGCCACUGCGGCUGCUCCGGACCCCGGACCGGGUGGGCUACUUGCCCGAGGCCGGCUGGAGCCGCGCUCAGGCCGCCCGCCGGAUACGCAGGAGCAGGCGCACCGGGCAGCUGCCGCCCGCCUACCCCAACGGCUGGUUCCGCCUCCUCGACUCGGCCCAGCUGGCCCGCGGAGAAGUGCGCGGCGUGGCGGCGUUGGGGGAGCAAUUUGCCAUCUUUCGGGGCUCCAAUGGAAAAGUCCACGUGGUCGAGGCCUACUGUCCACACCUGGGAGCCAACUUUGCCGUGGGUGGGCAUGUGGUGGGCAGCUGCAUUGAGUGCCCCUUCCAUGGCUGGCAAUUCCACGGAGAGGAUGGCAAGUGCGUCAGGAUCCCAUAUGCUGAAAAAGUGCCCGAAUUUGCAAAGGUCAAAGUUUGGCCAUCAUGCGAGGUUGGCGGCAUGAUCGUUGUCUGGUACCACUGUGAUGGCAUCAGCCCCACGUGGCAAGUUCCCGAACAAGAGGAGAUCUCGUCCCACGCAUGGCUCUUCCGUGGCAUCACCGAACACUUUGUCAGUGCACAUAUUGAGGAGAUCCCGGAGAAUGCUGCCGAUGUGGCCCACCUCACCUUCCUCCAUGGCCCCUUCAUCCUGAGCGGCAUGGACCUGCGCUACACCAACUCUCCCCUCUGGGCUUUCUUCAAGCACCACUGGCAGUCAGAAUGGCAGCCGGAGCCAGAGCCGGAGGCUCACUGUUCCAGCAUGCAUGUGCACCAUAGUGUAACUGUGUUUGGCAAACACGUCUCCUUACUGGAUCUGACUGUCUCAGUCCGGCAGGUGGGGCCGGGGCUGGUGUUCUUGCUCUUCAAGCAUCCGUUCCUGGGCCAAGGAGUGAUCAUCCACAGCGUCACACCCGUGGAGCCUCUUCUGCAGCACGUGGUCCACCGGAUGUACUACCAGCGCAACAUCCCAGCCUUGAUUCCAAAGUGCAUGCUGUGGGCAGAGUGUGUCCAGUUUGAACGGGACAUUAUGAUCUGGAAUAACAAGCAAUACCUCUCCAAGCCACUGCUGGUGAAAGAGGACGCUGCGAUCCUGAGACACCGGCGCUGGUACUCCCAGUUCUACAGCAAGAACAGCGUGAGAUUUACGAGCCAGACAGACGCUCUGGACUGGUGACUGAGCCCUCUCCCCACCACCUGUGUGCUUUCCUCUCACCUAGCUCAGGGCGGGGCGCAGAUUGCAUGUGGCUUGGGAGAAAGGUCUGUUGCUGGCAGGUCGGAGCCAGAUGUGGGUUCUGCUUUCACAAGUGGGGAUAGGAAAUGGAGGGGGGGCUAUGGUUUCUCCCUCCCUGCUGCCUGACCCUGACCCAGGGAGACCUUGGAUGGUGGGGUGUGAGGCCUGUUGUUUUGGAAAGGGCCUUCCUAGUCCCCCCACCCGUUGGAGAUGCCAAAGGGCAGCAGCAGCAUGCCUUUCCUGGGAACCCCAUCUGGUCCCUUGCCCCGUUUUGCUUUUUGCCCAUAGGCAGUUUCAUAAUCUAGACUGUGGACUGGUGUGUGUGCGCUGGAGCCCACGCUGUGAUGCAGAAUGUUUCCAGCAUCUGGUGGCACGUGGGAGUAGGCCUUUUGCUCCGGGCCAUGGUGCAGACUAAGGCAUCCCCGGCAAGCUGCUCUCGAAGCUGCUGAGAGCAGGGCUCUGGGCACUGCGGUCUAACACCCACCCGUAAACUCUUGCAGUCCCGGUGCAGUAUUUUUGCUACGUAACUGUUAAUGACUUGCCUCUCAGUCUCUUUGCAUUCCUAAGCAGAGCACCAAGAGGGUGGGGUGGGGUGGGGAUGUGGGGUGCUUCAGUGCAGUCAGUGUGCUCCAACACUCGCCUCUGCCCAUGCUUGAAAUGGAGGCAAAGUUCUUAAUUUGCAACAGGGGCACUCAACAAACCUCUGGCAACAGAUGCCUUCAGAGACUUUGCAGGGUAGGGAAUUUCUUGUCUCUACACUGGCCUGAAACUUGAGGGUUGCAGGGAAGGGGGGUGUUUCCACUGGUCCUCAGGUUGUGUCAAGGGCUGUUCAGCAGAGAGGUUUGGGCCCUCCAACCCAGGAAACAAACCCUCCUAGCUAAUGCAGGGAAUUGUUCCAUUCUCCUGAUCACAGGGGUGAGUGGGUGGAAGAACAAAGUCAUGCAUCUCUCUCCGCCCCCCACCCCCCCGCACCUCUUGUGCCUGGUGUCUCUCUGAUUCCCCUAUGCAAGAGUCCUGGGAUUGCUGUUCCCCACUGGUCAAAAUGCUCCACUUUUGCUGCAGCCAGGUGGAGACCUUUUAUUUGGCAAGCCACGGCCCUUGUAAAUAGCCGUGUGGGGUGUUGCAUCAGCUGAAGUAGCAAAGGCACUCAGCCUGCUGCCAUUGGUGAGAUCUCUCCAGUGCCUUCAGACCGGACAGAAAUGCGCCCAGACCUGCCCCUGGGGAAGGAGCCUCAAUCCAGCCAGCUCUCAUCUCGCCACAGACACUUUUAAUUAACAUUUAUGUGUACCUUUUGUAUCUUUGUGUGGCUAUAUCAAUAAAGGUCAGAAGUAA